AGGAGAAUAUAACAUUGCAUAUCUUUACCUACCUACUUGAGCUUAAACUUGAGUUUUUAAUCUUUAAGUGAUCAUUUCUUGUAAUCCUCUUCUUGUGCUAUUAGUGAGUGAUCUUGGGGGUGUGUUGAUUCCUUCAAGAGUGAUCUAUUGAGAGGAUUUGUGGGAUUUACAUUGUAAAGGGGUGAGGUGAAAUGAAUAAAUUCUUGGAUGUAAUUGGUGGAGCUAGUAUCCCCAAGAAGAAGGGAAAGGCGGUGAAGGUUGGGGUGGUGGAAAGACAAGGUGGUGGGAGCCCUGCAUCUCAACUUGAUGCUCAAGCUCUAGUAAUUUCCCAACCUCAAAGUCAGGGGGCUGAGGCCUUUCUUGUUGAAAUUGAACCAUUAGUUCGAGAAGCAGAGGUUACACCUCACAAUAAGGGAAAAGAGUAUGUUCCUUUGCCAAUGUUGAGAUUCUAUGAGGCUAGGAUUAGAAGCAUGACGAAGAGGUGCAUCAACACCUACUUCCCAGAAAUGGAUUGUCAAUGGGCUAAGGAGGAGGUGGCCGUACAUGGAGGAGUAGGGGUGGUAUGCCACGUCCUAAGCUGCAAAUCUCAUCAAUAUAUUGUCAAACAAGUUUUUCAAGAGCCUAAGGAAAGAAAUAAACUUAAUAAGGAAAUUGCCAAGCUUGUUAAGAAAAAUGAGGAGGCCAGGUGGGAAAAGGCAAAUUUGAUCUUAGAGGUGAAGAAGCUUCAAGAUGAGAAUGCCACUCUUUGGAAAGACUCGGAGAACUCGUACCAAAAAAGAAAAAUUUGUGAAGACGAGCUCGAGAAGAAGGAGAAAGAGCUGGACAAAGUUAGGAAGGCAGCAACUAAGUUGGAGUUGGAGGUCCAUAACUUUGUUGAAAGGCAUUUAGCAAACUUCUUGAAGUCUAGCACUUUCGAAAACAUUGUCAACCUGUAUCAAGUAGAAGUCAAGGAAAACGGGGAGAGCAGUAUUGUUGAUUUCCAUCCUAAGAUUGAGCUGAAGUGGGAUCGGGAUAGUAGAGGUCGAAUCAUUUAUCCUCCGAACUUUGAUUUUAAGUUCAUAUCAGUGGAUGACAAAAGAAGCGGAAGUGCUGAUAAGCCAGAUUAGCUAGCAGAGUAGCUUUUUACUUUGUCUAGUUUAAAUAGUGAUGGUAGACAAUUUGAUUUAUUAAAUGAAUUUAAAUUUU